UCUUGAAGAAGUUCCUGCGUAUAUGAAAGGCCGCAUAACAUGUGAUCAGAUCAAUGCAGUUAUUAAAAAUCUAAACAAAGCAAUGGUGACCAAAUACAGGAUCCGCAAUCAGGCUCCACGUUCUAUGAAUGCAACAAACAGAAGCCUGCACUACAGAUACGUAACAGAAGAAAAGGAGGAUAUAGAAGAUGUUUAUUUUGUUGUGGAGGAAGAUAUCAGACUUUUCACCCAUAUGAAGCUGGAUAAGCGCUUCCAUCAGAUCAUCGUCAUCCUGCGCCACUGCCAAAGACUGAAAGAAAUUCGUACCUCUGGAAUUGUCCGCUAUGCCAUCUGCUAACAUGCUUCCCGUACUCUGCUUACCCCAGAUGUAGAUGGCAGCAGUGUUUUGAGACGCAGAGAGUUUUGUUGUAUGCAGAAAGAUUCCAUGUAUGGACAUUACUAUUUAGAUCUCCUUAUUUUCUGAAAGGCAAUGUUUUCCCUAGUGUUUUUCAGACAUCCUAAAUCAGGACUGGCAAUCUCAAAUGGCCUCUAAGUAUCUGAUUUUUGUUUUGAAAACUUGAGAGGGAACUAAUGUCUUUUGAUAAAUUACAUGUACAAAGCAAAGAUGUAAUUGGCUCAUCUGUGGUCACAGGCAGUUUUAAUGACGUUUUCAGGUCAGCACUUGAAAGUUAAUGUCCUCUACAUGGUCGUGAUGUUCCUUUUCUUGUUAAUGAGUUAGAAACUGUGUCCAAAGCUCUGCAGCUACUCAAAGGAAGCAUUUGAUUCUGGUUUUUUUUUUCUUAAAUCGUGCAAACCAGUUUCCAAAUUUUCAUUUCUUAAUCCUUCUGAUCCUAAUUGUAUGUUUUGGAGUAUCUAUCAUUGGAACAGGAACAUCUGAUGCCAUUUAAACAUUAACAGGCAGUUCGGUGCUGGGUAGUUUCUAUGAGCCAUGCGGGUUUCGUACUUCAUGAAGACAAAAAGGGCAGUUAGAUUUUUCCCUCAGACUUAACCCUUGGACCAAAACUACAGAGCAGUGGGUAUUUUUAAGAAAAAAAGUCAAAGUCCGCUUUGAGAAUGGUGGUCAAAAUUGUCAGAUAUUGUUAUAGAAGGUUGGUUUUAAAUACCUUGGAGUCCCAGAACAAACUUAUUGUGAUAAGUGCUAAUUCUGCAAGUUGGUAAAAAGAAAACAAACAGAAAUCUGUUGUUGUUUAUGUCUGUGAGCCUGUAUCUGUUUUAACCA